AUGUGCAUCUUGUUUCUCUACUUCUGUGACAAGCCGACUCCUAAUGGAUAUCGCCUUAUUAUGGCCUCGAACAGGGAUGAAUUUUACUUCAGACCAACGGCAAGAGCUGAUUUUUGGGAGGAAAACCCCAAUAUAAUUGCAGGUAUUUUUCGCUCUGUUCAGGCGCGAGAAAACAUUCGUUUUUUGUUUGUUUUGUUUGGUAGGUGUUAGCGGUGGUGGAUUCUGGGUGGGUGGGGAGUGGAAGUUGGUGGUUGUUUUUUACCCUUUUCUCUUCGCCUUUAUCAGCUGCAACUCAUAAUUAACGGAAAUCAAUCAUUAUAUUUCAAGUUUCAACGCCUUGGAUAGUUUUAUGAUCACACCAAGAGUCUCCUUAGUAGAAAGCGUAUGUAUGACACCGUAUAUUAACUGAGAAUGGAAAGUAUAUACAAAACUUAGAGACCAUGCAUGUGAAUGGUAGCCUGAGAAAAGAGCCGAUAUUUUGCGACGCUACCACUGGUUUCCCUGCCAAAUGACGUCUGAGAACCGAGCGCAGAAAUUCCAUACUGAUGACGCGUCACUACCCAGAUCUGGGUAGUGACGCGUCAUCAGUAUAAUAAUGAUAGACAAGUAUGGAAUUUCGGCGCUCGUUUCUCAGACGUCACUUGGCGGGAAAACCAGUGGUGGCGUCGCCAAAUGUCUGCUGUUUUCUCAGGCUUUGUGAAUGGUUACAUUACUUCUUAUAUCAUGUUUGGUUGUCAUUAGACUCAAUCCGGAAUUUUUUAAUCAAAAUAAAAAAUUUUAAGUUUGGAAGAGAAAAGCCAUUUGUGAAAUUUAUUUGUUCCAAAAAUCAUAGGCAAUCUGUCUGUUCGUGUCUACACCCCAAAAGCUGGCAUAGUAACAAGAUGCAAACAUUUAUGUUUUUCAUUAUUCAUUUCCUUUUUCAGGGAUAGACCUGGAACCAGGCAAAGAGGGCGGAACAUGGCUUGGAAUGAACAAAGAUGGAAAAUUUGGAGUGAUCACAAACUACAGACAAGCGCCAAAGUUUAUGAAUCGCCAGGCACUUGGGAGAGGCCACCUCGUGCCAGAUUUUUUAAAGGGCGAUAGUACUGUAAAGGAUUACCUUCAAGAUGUUAAUAACGCAGGUGACAACUAUAAUGGUUUCAAUCUCUUGGUGGGCAAAUUAUCUCUCACUGAAGAGUCCAGGGUGGGAUGGUAUUGUAACAUUGAAGAGAGAGUCAUUACGAUGCUGAGGCCUGGAAUUCAUGUCUUGUCCAAUAAGGUGCUGAACUGUCCCUGGCCAAAGAUGGUGUAUGGAAAAGAAAGGUUUGGUAACAUUCUAAAUGAGGCCAGCACCAAACAAGAGCUUAUCGAUAAGCUGAUCGAGAUGCUUAAUAUGCGUGAGAGGUAAGUUAAAUAAACUAGUAAUAACCAAGGUUUAGGGAGUGCGGGCGACAACGAUCGAAGGUCCAAAGGCUUUGGCUCCAACGCUGUGCUUUGCGCAAGUUUUACGUGAUAGAUGGUCGAAACACGCGUGAUGAGGUUACGAGGGGUAGAAGGUCAAAACGCGCGUGAUCAAAAUAAUUGGGUUCUGUGAAUUUAAUUUAUUCUUAGUGGACGUCCAAACGAAUGCUGGCUACUUACAUGUGACGCACACGUAAUAACAACCCGGAGGCUAGGAUUGCGGGCUCCUCUUGUCGCCGGCAAUAAAAUAGAAAUAGAAGAUUGACGUCACGUUAUCAUGGUAGCAAAAUUUCUAGAUCUCAACAAUCUUUCUUGAGAGAGACGGUCAUUUAUGCAAAAUUUUCUUUUGUUUCAACAAAUUGGCACUGCUACUGGCCACGUGAGUGAAAACGCUCUAUGUAAAGCAAGCCCUUAAACAUCUGUAAAUAAGACCACAUUACUAAGGCAAUGUGACUUCACACUAUACCAGAUACCUUUUCUUUCCGACACGAAAAGCUCGAAACUCACACACCUCUGUGGCUUCUGAUUGGACGCAUCAUUUUUCUCACACGUGAAAAAACAUCGUUCGCGAUUCUGAUUGGACGUAUCAUUUUUUUUUUCACGUGUGAGAACCAUCGUUCCCUCCUCUGAUUGGCUAGAACUAAUUUGCGUACGAAAAUUUACGACAUACCUUUUUGGUAAGUAUUUCUUAGUAUGUACAUAAUAAGUGAAUAUCCACUUUGAAAUGGGCGAGGCACAGUUUGCACCGCGCGGAAAUCACCAUUCCUAGGUGUGAACAGAAGACAUAUCAGGUAUAGUUUUCGUGCCGACGCAAAAGCCAUUCGUUAGGGUGUGAACAUACUUUAACACUACUAUACUAUAUUGCAGAUCUUUUAUUUGUGGAGAUGCUAACAGCUUUAUCGGAGGGGUUCUGGUUCUAGUACUGUACUCAAAACAACUACGCACGUCUAGCUAGAAGCAGCUGAUAUUUCUCUUUGUUAUACCUUGAUCCAUUUGUACAAGUUAAUUGGAAUCAAAGUAAGCUCGUCGUUUACCUGCCUACGUGCCGAUGUCUCCUAUUUCCUUGUGCACGCGGUUCGCGUGCAAUCAAGGAAAUAGGAGACGCAAAUGCUAUAGUUUGUUUGUCUUGUUUUUUGUUUGUUUGUUUGCGUUUUGGUACCGCUCUCUUCUUUUCUCGCCAUAUUUGUCCAAUAGAGAACAUGCGGCCGCAAAAGAAAACAUGAUUUUGGGUUAUGCUUCUAAAAAUAGAAAAAAACGCUAUGCCUCUUUAAAGGAGAAUGAAGGCCAGAUCGAUUUGUCUGAAACCGGUCAAGACCAUGACAUGCUCCCGGUUCGAAGAAGUACAUUUACAGUGUACAGCACCAUGGCCAGUUCGUAUAGGUAUCAUACGUAUCCAACGUUUCGCGAUCGGUUUUUUAGAAACAAUAACAAGUAAAAUUAAGUAUGUAUAACAAAGAAUAUUAUUGUACCAAUUUCAGUAGAGUUAUCAUCCUCAUAUUGGGAGAGUGAGUAAACAUCAUGGACAGACAUUUCACUCACUGCUUGAUUCUGAGUUAGGGUGUUCAAUUGUUUUGGCACACGGCAAGUGGCACGCUUUCGAAUCGGAAAGCGAGCUUGCGUUUGGAGGUAUAACGAGGAGUAUUUACUAUAUUUAUUAUAUUGUACUUUUAGAACAAAUACAGUGGUGUUAGUAGAUGCAACAGGUCACGCCACAUACGUGGAACGCACAUUAGAGGAUGACGCAACAGACCCGGAUGAAGCCGAGUGGAGACUUAGUACCCAUGAGUUUGACAUCCAAGAUGAAUGUGGUUGCCAUGACGAAAAUCAUAAUAUCUCUGUUGUAUUUAACUCCAGUCUUUAG